CCCUUCUCAUCAGUUCAUCUCACUUUCUUCCCAUCUUUAAACAUGGCUCUGCCUCAGCAUCAUUCUUGUAACAAACCAAUUCUGGUCACAACUCUCUCCCUACUUAUUCUUGCACUCACCAAAAUAUUGUACCCUCAGCUCUACAAAAUUCUCACUCACCUUGUGCCACUUGCUAUUAUCUAUUACUUCUUUUUCAAGUCUUCCACUGCUCUUCCUCCAGGCCCUUUCCCGUUUCCAAUAUUUGGAAAUUGGAUCAAAGUAGGGAAUGACCUUAAUCACCGCCUUCUAGCUUCUAUGGAACAAACCUACGGUCCAGUUUUCCUUCUAAAACUCGGCUCUAAAAACCUUGUAGUGGUCUCAGACGCUGAGCUAGCCAUCCAGGUGUUGCACACACAAGGUGUGGAGUUCGGUUCCAGGCCACGCAACGUGGUUUUCGACAUCUUCACGGGCAACGGACAGGACAUGGUGUUUACGGUUUACGGUGAUCAUUGGCGCAAAAUGGGCAGGAUCAUGACACUGCCAUUUUUCACCAACAAAGUUGUGCACAAUUACAGUAACAUGUGGGAAGAAGAAAUGGAUCUGGAGGUUAAUUAUUUGAAGAAAGAUGAGAAUGUGAAAAGCAAAGGGAUUGUUAUCAGAAAACGUUUGCAGCUGAUGCUUUAUAAUAUCAUGUAUAGGAUGAUGUUUGAUUCCAAGUUUGAGUCUCAGGAAGACCCCUUGUUCAUUGAGGCAACCAGGUUCAACUCGGAGAGAAGCCGCUUGGCUCAGAGUUUUGAAUACAAUUAUGGUGACUUCAUUCCAUUGCUACGACCCUUAUUGAGAGGGUACUUGAACAAGUGCAGGGACUUGCAGACCAGGAGGCUGGCCUUCUUCAACAACUAUUAUGUUGAGAAAAGAAGGGAAAUAAUGGCUGCUGAGGGGGACAAGCACAAGAUAAGCUGUGCCAUUGAUCACAUUAUAGAUGCUCAAAUGAAGGGAGAGAUUAGCGAAGAAAAUGUGCUCUACAUUGUUGAAAACAUCAACGUUGCAGCAAUCGAAACCACACUGUGGUCCAUGGAGUGGGCCAUAGCUGAGCUGGUGAACCAUCCCCACGUUCAGCACAGGAUCCGCCAAGAAAUCUCCCGAGUCCUCAACGGAGAGGCUGUGAAAGAAUCCAACCUCCAUAAACUGCCCUACUUGCAGGCCACAGUGAAAGAGACAUUAAGGUUGCACACCCCAAUCCCAUUGUUGGUCCCUCACAUGAACCUUGAAGAAGCAAAGCUUGGAGGGUUCACCAUACCUAGGGAGUCCAAGGUGGUAUUAAAUGCCUUGUGGUUGGCCAACAAUCCCAAGUGGUGGAAAAACCCUGAGGAAUUCAGGCCAGAGCGGUUCCUGGAAAAAGAACAUGGCACAGACGCCGCCGUGGCUGGUGGGAAAGUUGAUUUCAGAUUCCUGCCAUUCGGUGUGGGAAGGCGCAGCUGCCCUGGAAUCAUCCUCGCACUCCCAAUACUGGGGCUUGUCAUAGCCAAGUUGGUCACCAAUUUUGAACUAAAACCUCCCUCGGGAACCCACCAAAUCGAUGUGACUGAAAAAGGAGGGCAAUUCAGCUUGCACAUUGCCAACCACUCAACCGUUGCCUUCUGCCUCAUUGCCCAUUAAUCUUGCCACUAAAUUUUUCAUUUUCAUAUUUUUCUGCAACUAUUGAACAAUAAGAAAAUAAUCAUUUCUCAUUUAACAUUACGUGUUGUUCUAUGUUUGUUUUGAAUAAGAUAUGUAAGAAACAAAAAAAUUCCAAAUUUAUUUUAUCUUAUACAAAAAUUUUAA